AUGGGCGGACAUUCCCCAUGCGCUUCGUGCAAAUUGCUCCGCAGACGAUGCGCCAAAGAUUGCCCUUUUGCACCUUAUUUCCCAGCCGAUGAUCCUCAUAAGUUCGCCAUUGUUCACAAGGUCUUCGGUGCCAGCAACAUUGCCAAAAUGUUACAGGAUCUUCCGGUGGAUCAAAGGGGCGAUGCAGUGAGCAGUUUAGUAUACGAAGCAAACGCAAGAAUCAGAGACCCGGUGUACGGCUGCGUGGGAGCAAUAUCUUACUUGCAAAAUCAGGUUGCCCAACUCCAAAUGCAGCUUGCCAGGGCUCAAGCAGAGAUCCUCUGCAUUCAGAUGACGAUGCAAUCGGAUUCUAAUCAUCUCCGGCUGCCGUUGCCGGACAGCCCGGACGUACCAACUACUCCGUUGCCGCAGUUAUUAAACGACGAUGACAUCUGUUUCUUGUUGGAAAACAACCUCCCUCAUCACUACCUUAACUUUACAUCUUCAUCUAGUACUAGUACUGUAACGACGACAAUUCAGGAAUCUCUCAACAAAGAGUCCUUGUUUGGACACGACUACAUUUUCUCUUAA